UUUUAUUUUUAUUUCCAAAAGAAUUCUCUAAAUUCAGGCCCAACACAAACAAACAUUUCCCUUUUCUACACCGAUUCUUCUUCAACCGAUUCAUCAGAACAACGUAGCACAUCCAGAGUUUUAGCUUCCUUUUUAGUUCCAGUAUUUGCUGGGCAAUGGACACAAUUUGCAUUGGAAGUACAUGAACAGACUGUUGGGCUAUAUUUUAGAUGUAUGAGAUAUGCUGUUAGACAAGUGUAUAGACACCCUACACAGCUGCAAAUGGACGAUGCUUCUAAAUUAUAUAUUGCAAAUGCCGGUCCUAUUAUUGGUGGGGGGUUUGAAGGGGCAAUUCAAGAACUUAAAUUGCAUGAUGACCCUGCAGAAGCAGCAAAUCAAUGCAAUGAAAAUUGGUGGAAGAAACGUCGAAGGGAUUUCUCCCGUGAAGGGGAUUACCAACCACAGGAUUCUGAAAAAUCUGGACUUGUCAGUUCUGGUUUUGGUUCAUUAGAAGAAAAUGGAUUAAGAGUGGAUGAAGGGGAAGAAGGGGAAGAAAAAGGAAGAUUUCCUUCAACCCCUCCAGGUUCUGGCCCUGCUCGUUUUUUACCUAAAAACAUUAAUUUAUUAACAACCACAUUAACUACAACAACAAAAAAAGAAGAAACAAAAACAACUUUAUCUCCAACAUUACACACUCCUUUAAUUCAACAGCAAAUGAUUCCUGGACCUAAAGGAGAACGUGGAGAACCUGGAAUACCUGGAACUUGUGCCGCCACAGAAUGUAGAAUUCCACCACCUGGCCCUCCUGGAUUGCAAGGCCCUCCAGGCGUAUUCCCAGGUCUUACUGAACAUGAUUUACGUCGAAUAGCUGCUUGGCCUGGUGUGAAGGGUGAAAAGGGGGAUAGAGGAGAAUGCUGUGAUAAAACUACAUCUAAGCAAACUUACAGAGAAGGGUAUCAAGAUGGAGGAGAAGAAGUUGUUUUACUCAAUGGACAACAUAGUGAUCAAUUACCCGCUUACAAUCGAAAAGUACAUGGAAGUAGUAAUUCAAUGAAAGGAGAAAAGGGAGAUAGAGGAGAACGAGGACCUCCAGGAUUGCCUGGAAAGUUAAUUGAAAAACCUCAAUCUCCUUCAUUUUCUGGUGUUAGAAUAUUCCAAACAGCAUUAGAAUUAUUAGCUGCUACACAUAAUUGUCCUAUUGGAUUUUUGGCUUUUGCCCUCUCUACUCAACAAUUAUUUAUUAGAGUAAAUUCUGGUUGGAAACAAAUUAUGCUUGGUGGAAACCUUCUUACAGCCCAAUCUGGAACAAAAGAAAGGACUGUUGAUGAUAAUGUUUCUUCUCCUUCAAUUUCGAAUAAUAAUGCUGAUGAUUCUGAUGAAUUAAAUAGACUUUCUUAUUGGUUGGCUUUGGAUGAACCUAGCAGUGAAGAAUUUAGAACAGAUAAUGAAAUGAUAAACACUUUACCUUCCCCUGAACAACGCUGGCAACCUCGAUUUCCACCUAAAGAAAAUCGUCGAUUGGAAGAAGAAAAAGAAGAGGAAAAGCAGAAGAAUCGAGUACCUAGUGUUCAACAGAAAAGGCAUAAAGAUAGAAUUAUUCACUUGAUUGCUUUAAAUGAGCCUUUAAAUGGAAAUUUUGGUGGUGUACGUGGUGCUGAUUUAGAGUGUUAUAAACAGGCUAGACAAUUUGGAUUUACAACAACAUUUCGAGCUUUUCUUUCAUCUAGAGUUCAAGAUUUAAAUAAAGUAGUACAUGAAGAUGAUAGAAAUUAUACUCCUAUUGUAAAUAUUCGUGGUGAACGCCUUUUUGAUUCUUGGAAUAGCGUUUUUGAUGGAGAAAGGAGUGUACAUGCACAUGUUCCCAUCUACUCUUUUAAUAGAAGGGAUGUUAUUUCUGACAAUAAUUGGCCCGACCGCUGGCUUUGGCACGGGUCUACAGCAGAAGGUUCCCGUACUUCAACAGCUUUUUGUGAUGGCUGGUAUUCUAAUAAUUCAAAUUCUUUUGGAAAUGCUUCCCCUCUACAUUCCCGUCAUUCACUUACUGGACAAUCAAAAGAGGCUAAUUGCAAUAAGUUUUAA